AUGACGAAAAGUUUUUCUCUAGUACAUCUCUACUUUAUUCGUCAUGGAGAAUCCGAAGCCAAUAUUCAAAGUAUUUAUAUAUGUGGUCAAAGUAUUUCAUGUCCAUUAACUUCCUUAGGAAAAGAACAAGCUGUUUUAUUAGGCAAACGAUUAAAAUAUGAAAAUAUGAAAUUUGAUUAUUUUCUAUGUUCAACUGCUAUUCGUGCAAAACAAACAGCAGAUAUUGUUUUAGAAAAAAUGAAUAUUGAUUCAUCAAAAUUAAUUAUAUCAAAUGCACUUUUAGAACAAUCUCAAGGUUCAUGGGAAGGAAUGGAUCGUCUUGAAUGUUAUACAGAUGAAAUUAUGAAAAAACUGGAUGAAUUACAUAUGGAAUUUUGUGCUCCAAAUGGUGAAUCAAUACGAAUGGUACAAAAACGUGCUAUCACAUUUUUAGAAUUCUAUAUUGAACAAGCUAAAAAUCAAAGUAUUGAAGAAAAUAGAGAAAUAUCAAUUGUUAUUUUUUCACAUGCUAAUUUAAUUCGUGCUGUAUUACAAUAUUAUUUACAAAGUAACCCAAAAUAUACAUGGCUUAUUGAACAAAAUAAUGCAUCAAUUAGUGAAAUUGUUUUUAAUCAAUAUGGAAUAUCAUUAGUUAAAAAUUAUUUUCUUGAGCAUGCGAAAUUAACAGAAAAAAUCGAAUAUGAUGCAAAUGUAUUAUUAACCGAUGUUCAUCUUUAUGAAUUAAAUCAAUUUGAUUGGCCUUAUUUUGAAACAAUUCGUAUUCGUGCAUGUCCUCAUUUAACACCAUUUUCUAUGAAUUAUAUUGAACAAAUUUCUAAAAAGCAAAUUGAUCGACAAAUAAAUGCUAGUGUCGAAUUAAUGCUUCACUUUCAUAAUACAGUAGAAAAUAAAAACGAUUCAAUUGAUAAUACUAUUGCCCAACUGGAACCAUUCUUUAGAAAAGCAAAAAUUUUUCUAUAG